AUGACCAAUCUACCGCUCCGUAAUUGCGGGCUUGCAACGCCAGCCAACCGAUGGACCGUGAGCGAUCAGGUCUACCAAUUAGCAGCAAACGUGGCAGCUCCCCAAGCCCGCCACAUGAGAAACGGGGCGCGUGAAAGCGCAGGAAAGCGCAAAAAGGGGAGAGCCCGAACGAUGCAGGCGGCUGGGCCGUCUCAGCCGAGAUGA